AUGAGUGACCUCGUCCUUCCAAAAUGGACAUCGUUCACCAAAGGCUGGCAUAACGGCCCCUACGAGACAAUCUCUAUGCAUCGCCCAGAACUAUCCAUGGCCGGUAAGAAUAUCCUGGUCACGGGAGGGGGGACAGGCAUUGGCAAAGCAACUGCAAUCGCAUUUGCUCAAGCGGGAGCAAAGAGCGUUGCCAUUCUCGGACGGCGGCUGGACAGGUUACAAACCAGCAAGCUAGCCAUCGAGCAGGCAGCCAUUGGAGAUACCCAUGUCUUACACGAGAUCGCCGACGUCGCUGUCCCGGAACAGGUGGAGAAGGCGUUUGCGAACAUCGUCAAAAAGGUCGGCAAGAUUGAUGUCCUGGUCAACAAUGCAGGGGCCAUCUGCCCUCCCGGACCCGUGGCUGCCGCUCCCAUCGGUGAUCUGAGCAAGGUCCUCGAGACGAACGUGCUGACGACAUUCAACGCCGUGAGGGCAUUCUUGUCUCACGCCGGGCCGAAGCCUGUUAUUAUCAACAUCACGGCUGUUCUGGUCCACAUUCAGCCGAUGCCCCUCAUGGGGUUGUACGCGGCGGCGAAGGCGGCACAGACAAAGAUCGUCGAUUACAUUGGGGCCGAGAACCCUCAUGUACACAUUGUACAUCUGCAUCCGGGCAUGGUCACCACUGAAAUCGGAGGGCCUAAUUCAGAUGUCAAAGGCCAGGACGAAGCGGAGCUGCCUGCCCAGUCCGCCGUCUGGCUCGCGUCCGAGGAAGCCGCUUUUCUGAAAGGAAAGGUUGUUUGGGCCAACUGGGACUUUGAAGAAUUGAAGACUAGGGCGCACGAGAUCAAAGAGUCUCAGCUGCUGACCAUUGGUUUGGAAGGCGUACCCAUGUAA